AUGGCUUUCGCUGGCAUGUCCCUCAUCGUCGAUGGUAAGUUGUGCGACCUCACCUCGUCGCCCUUCGACGCUGGCGUGGACAGCGGGUACCACUUGCUCGUGGUCCAAGGAUACUCCAAUACCAAAGGCACAACACCAAACGGGAGCUGCAUCUCGUCUCGUCCUUUCCUGGUUGGUGGCCAUCGCUGGAUUGUCGACUACUACCCAAAUGGUCGGUAUGAGGACGAUGUCACUGGGAAGUUUAUGUCGCUUAUGCUUGUGCAUGAUGACGAUGUGGGAGGACACGAAGGUGUCAGCCAGGGCGUCAAGGUUCAGUGUGAGUUCAGUUUCAUUGAUGAGCCUGAGUCGCAGGUGCCAGCGAUCAUCCGAACUCAAAAGAUUAACACCGCUUGUUGUGAAAUGGGCUACACAAGGUUCAUACGAAACGAGGCCCAUUUCAGCAACCUUCUCUUCGAAAAGGAUGGCGCUGACAUUACGUUUGAGGUUGGUGGCUACAAGUUCGCGGCGCACCGGAUUGUGCUUGCAGCCCGAUCUACGGUCUUCAAGGCACAGCUAUUCGGGGCCAUGGAUGAGGGCGCUACUGCGCCAAGUGUCCUCAAGAUAAAUGACAUCGAAGCAAAUGUCUUUAGUACGUUGCUUACCUUCAUCUACACCGAUGCAGUUGCAUGGUUCAUCCCACUGGAGGAGAAUGAAGGAGAUAAAGAGGAAAUGCUCAAUUUGCUUGAAGCUGCGGUCCGAUAUGAUCUCCAAAAGCUCAAGGUAAUCUGUGAAGAGAAAUUGGCCAGUCGUUGUUUACUAACCAUGGCCAGUGUGGCAAACAUUAUUGUGGUGGCUGAGCGGAGGGGAUGCCGCUGGUUGAAGGAUGUCUGCAUGGAGUUAAUCAAAUCCCGCACCACCGUGCACAAGGUAUUCACCGCUGGUUGCCUGGACGAGAUCAUCAGGACCACCAGCCCGUCCGACCUGAAGGAGCUCUUCUCCAAGUAUUCUGCUUCCUAAAUCACUCGAGAAACCUAGGUUCUACUUCAUAUAUAUUUUCCCUUAUAGAUUUCGACGGGUCAUCAGAAAAAUCGUAGUACUACUAUCCAUUCCUAGGUAUAAGAGGGUCAUGUUUAUGUUUGUGUGUCGAUCGUCCUGUCUAGUACCUCCCAGCUAC